AUGUUCUUCAACAUCUUAGCAGAUGCCACUGAUGAAAACGCCGAGUUAGCCGCCCAGGCAGUUAACAAUGCUAUCGACGCUGCUUUCAACGCCAGCGAGAAUAUAAUCCUGAGUGGAGGACAAGGUGCUGCAACACUAUUGAGAGGGGGCAGCACAUCUGCACAUCACUCUGACAGGGAGCUGAUUGAAGAGCAACUUGACGAAGAUGAGGACGAUGGGCAAUCAUCUGUCGCGGGAGCAUUCGAGUAUGGUGUCUACAAGAAACUGCACACCGAGUUCGAUCCAUCAAGGCUCUUCAUCUGGUACAACGCCCGGAGCGUAUCAACCAUUCCAAACGCCGUCCGGAUGAACGUCGACGUUGGCCUUAAAGAUGCCCUCCAUUCCUUAAAGGCAAAUUCUCAUGGAGUCUGUUCUGAGCAAGAUUGGUCGUACGAAGUGGCAGAGUACAAUAAGAAGAGCUGUUACUUUGUACCCGGAGCAAAGGCAGCAAAGUUGCCGCCUAAAACGGUCGGAAAACUUGCUCUCAAGCAUACGGCAAACUACUAUUCGGUUUGUCACAGUAACCAAAAGUCACUGUUGUCUGAUCUCUUGAAAUGCUUCAACGAGAAGUAUCCUUUUGUGUUUUUGAUGAAAACAUACAACCUACGUAACAAGCUGGAAGGACCGGACUUCAAACUAAAAUUGCCAACGAGAGAAGACAAGGCAAAUGGCGAACACACACAUUCGCUCAUGGCUGUCGGCUGCAACAAGGAAGAGAAGGUGUUCAUUGUGCGAAACUCGUGGGGAAGCGAUUGGGGCGACCAGGGUCAUUUUAAAAUGCCAUUUACCUACUUGCCACACUGUUACGAAUUCUGGACGAUGCGAAUUGUAGCAUCUUCAUGA